UCGAUUUGUUUUGGUUCAUGUUGUAGCUAGGCAGGAACAGAGUGCAAUAUCCACCUUAUAACUCAGUGGGUCUACCACAGCAAUUGGUCUUAGGAGAAAUGCUUCUGACUCGCUGCCAAAUAUACUGCUAGAAAACUCCUCCUCUGUGUUUCAUCGCCACCCCUUUGACCAGCCCCCGCGAUUCGCUCUUACUGAGUCCAAAAGCGAACGUUAGCUACCAAGCUAACCAAACUGGCAGUUUCACCCAUGUCCUAUGAGGAAGGGUUGAGUUCAACGAUCACGGAUUGGCUUUUCUUCAAUUCCUGGUGGCUCCUUUUGCCUUUUAUCAUGCUCCUAGUCGUUGCUGCAUUCAUCGUUGCCUUCGUGUUGCUGUUGUAUAUGAUAUCCCCUUUGAUUAGCCCAAAACCUCUCAAGUUAAAUGGGGCCCACGUCGUGGUCACUGGAGGCUCCAGUGGAAUAGGGAAAAGCAUUGCUAUGGAGUGCUACAGACAAGGAGCCUUCAUCACACUAGUGGCAAGAGACGAGAGUAAAUUGGUUCAAGCGAAAAAAGAAGUAGAGAAAUGUGCGAUUAAUGACAAGCAGGUUGUGCUCUGCAUAUCAGUUGACGUGUCCAAGGACUACGGACAGGUGGAAAGUGUGAUUAAGCAGUGUCAAGAGAAGCUUGGUCCGGUGGACAUGCUGGUGAACUGUGCUGGGACGUCCUUCUCUGGGAAGUUUGAGGAGGUGGAGGUGGAGCGCUUCAGAAGUCUGAUGGAGGUGAACUACCUGGGCAGUGUGUAUCCCACACGGGCCGUAAUCACCACUAUGAAGGAGCGGAGGAUGGGACGCAUCAUGUUUGUCUCCUCCCAGGCUGGCCAGAUCGGCCUGUUUGGCUACACUGCCUACUCCCCGUCCAAGUUUGCCCUUCGUGGUCUGGCUGAGUCCUUGCAGAUGGAAAUGAAGCCAUAUAAUAUCUAUGUGACAAUUGCCUACCCCCCUGACACUGACACACCAGGACUAGCAGAGGAGAAUAGGACAAAGCCUUUAGAGACCAGGCUGAUCUCCGAGACGUCUGGGGUGACUCAGCCGGAGCAUGUUGCUAAAACCGUGGUCAAGGAUGCCGUGCAGGGGAACUUCAACAGCUCUGUGGGGCCUGACGGCUACAUGCUCUCGGCUCUCACCUGUGGAAUGUCACCUGUCACCUCCAUCACAGAGGGCCUCCAGCAGAUUGUGACCAUGGGGCUGUUCCGGACCGUCGCUCUGUUCUACCUGGGGAGUUUCGACAGCAUUGUGCGUCGCUGCAUGAUCGAGAGGGAGCAGUCCAAAGCAGCGGACAAGAGGGAGUAACACACCCACCCCAACCUCCUCCCUCAUACACCCCCUCCCCCGCCGCUCCAUCCUCCCCGAGUCAUGGUCACUGAAGAACCCAACCGAGCCACCACUCCCCCCCCCAGAGGGCACAACCCUGGGUAGGCUAAAUGGCCAGUCAUCUCAUCCACCAGUGAUAAUAACUAAGUAAAGAAGAUGGCGGAUGUCUUUUCCACUUGACCGAUGAUGUAACACAUACCAUUCGUGGCAGCCAUUUUGUCAUUAUUCCAUUGAUAUUUACUUUUUUUUUUCUUCCACGCAGAGAGGUAAGUAAGGGAUAGCCAGUCUGACAGGUUAUGUCUGCAUGUUGACCUGCAAUUCCUUUACCAAGAAUCUGACAGAAUACCAACGCAAACAAUAAUGUAUGCCAUGCAGACCAUUCUGAGUAAGCUAGCUUAAUCACCUUAAACUUUAUCUUCACCAAAUGCAUUCUGUUCCGCCUUCCAAAGCUUUUUUCUUUUGCAGGCAGGGCUUCUUUCCUCUAUAUUCACUCUGUUUUAACCUGUGCCCCUCAAUGUGCUGUCUAUGUAGUGUGGUGUUUUGGCCCAUGCUGUGGAUGCAUUAACUAAACUUAGAGGUGAUUUUACAUUACUUAACAGUCAUUUUGGGAUCCUGAGUGGCGCAGCGGUCUAAGGCACUGCGUAUCAGUGCAAGAGGCGACACUACAGUCCCUGGUUCGCAUCCAGGCUGAUUCACAUCCGGCCGUGAUUGGGAGUCCCAUAGGGCGGCACACAAUUGGCCCAGCGUCGUCCGGGAUAGGCCGUCAUUGUAAAAAAUAAUUAGUUCUUAACUGACUUGCCUAGUUAAAUAAAGGUUAAAUAAAACAAAAACAGUAAUGAGAGAGGGCAAUGCAAAAAUGUAAUUUGCUUUCCGGAAAUGAACAUCCAAGGCAUUUUCAGGUAGAGAGGUUGUAUGUGGAAGUCCAAAGGAAUUUGUGUGUGCCGUGCAUGUAGGUGCUGUGUGAAGAAGCCGAUGGGAGAGAUUUUAAUGCAGUGUUAUGUUACAAUGUGUUUGAAUGACUACACUGACCAAGCCUACUCCAGGGAGAGAGAAAAGCCAUUGGACACUGGUGGUGGUUGGGGAAAAAAGAAAAACCUCCUCUGUAAUGUAUUCCUCUUAUUUGCCUGUCACUUUCGCGUCAUCUUAUUUGUGUUUUUUUUACCUUGAGGUAGAAGCAGCACGUAAAAGGUCGGCAUGGGACAGUCAUACGAUGUAGUAGAAGAACAAAUCCACUAACAGCUGAUGACAGACUGAUCCACUCUUUCCUGUUUGAGGUUGAGGGUCUUUGUAUGUGUGAUCUGUGUACAUAUUUUGCCUCCUUAAGAUUGAUGGGGUGGUGUCAGGACAAGGCGUGGGGUGUGACUCGCAGGUUCGAGCAAAGUCCCCUUAGGCCUAGAGAGGGCGCCAGAACUGUAUUUUAUAUAGGAGCCAAGAGAUGAAGAGGGACUGGCAAGCUCAUAGAGGAGCUCUGUGUGCUAUUGUGUUCUCUAAGUUGACAUUUCAUGCACAGUCACUGUGGACGUUAUCCUAUACGUUCCUAUCUGAUUGUUAUUUGUCUCGGUAAGUAUUCACAGAUCCCUCCUGAAGUCCUCAUGCAAGUCUUCCUUCCAUCGAUCAACUGUGGGGAGAAUGUACUUAACUUUAAUACAAACAAUACGCUACAAAUCAGAAAAUAUACAUCAUUUUUUGAAAAUCCACCAAUAUUUGAAUGCCAAAAUGUAUUAAGAUACAAUUUCUAUAAGUACAAUGCAACUAUUUGAGAUUUCUUUUUGUUUGAUGUUGCUUCUCUGUUCUAUCCUAGAAAUAGUUUGUAAUGCAGUCAAGCACUACAAUUGUGGGGACCCAUUCCAAGCCUUAAGAGAGAACUACAGAUGUUAAUGCUAAAAUAAUCAAAUUCAUCCACAGAAAGAAACUUGACUUAAGCCUCUUGUGGUUUACCAGUUAAUUUCAUGUGAUUUUUCUAUGAAAAUGCCAACUGUUUUACGUGUUUUUUUGUUGUUGUCAAUUCCAGUUUAGUUUUUGUACAAAAAGGCCUUACUCAAACCCAAAAUGCUGAAGUGAAUGCAUGAUUCAACUCUGGGGUUCUCAUUUGACAUUGGUUCAAGGGAUACUGUCACUGUCCAGCAAAGUUUGGGUGUCUACCUGUCAUUUUAUCAUCUGUGUACAUUUUUUUGCUUUUAGCAUUCAUGUUGUAGUUGAUAGACAUUUGGUAUAAUAUGUAGUUCAUGGAAAAAGCUAUUUUGUUUUAACACUUAAGCUAUGCAAAUUAAGCCUAUGCUCACAAUAUGUUAAAACACUACAACCGAGUUUUAAAAUGCUCUAGUUUUCCCAUUCGUUGGUGUCGUCCAGAGAUAUUUAAAAGAUUAUAUAGAGUUUAUAAGUGCAGUACUACUGAAUAUUAUCAUGAUGCAUUCCGCUUCCGUUCCCAUUUUAUUGUGUUUUGUUCUGUUUUGGUUUUGCCAAACGGGUAAGAAUUUCACCUUGUGUGCCAUUGAAAAUAAAAAUGUAAGGAGUGGAACAA